AUGGAACCUGGAUUGCCCGACAUCUGCAUGAAGUCGACGGUUGCGAGGCAGCUGUUUUUCCGAAGGUUGAAACCUUUACAGAAAACAUGCGAGAGCGACAAUGAACGGUUGGCGCAAACAUCGGGGCGUGGGCAUCUGCCAGAAACACUCUUGUAUGCAUCCAACAAUGAGACAUAA